AUGCAGCUUCCGCCACACCCGCUGUAUUCUCUUCAGCUCAUGCCGCACUUUGAUGCGCAUGGUGCCAGUAGCCUCACGGUGCUCCUGAGACUGCAGUUACCGGCGAUCAAGGCUGGAGAUGCCGUCUUCUUCUUCGACACUUUCUAUGGAAACGUCCCCGGGCAUCCUUUCCAGGAGAAAGACAUCAUCGCGACGGACGACCACAGCCCCCUCGGCAUCCGAUUCCACAAUGUUUUCUAUUCAACUUAUCAGCGUCUUGGAAAGGGAUUGGUAUGCACGAAGUAG